GGAAUUUACUUUCUUUUUAUGAAGGGGGAGGGAAGGCAAGGGACUAGGGUUCGUGCAUUUGUUUUCCAUUGCAGUUCACAAACGACUCGAAUCGAUUUGUCGACGCUACACCCAUGCUUAGAUGGUGGAUUUGUCUCAUUUGUCGGCCAUCAUGCUUGCAAAACCAAAACACCACCACUUAUACCCAUUCGCCGUUUUCCUAAGCACAUUCACCAGCUUAAAAAACUUACCACUCAAUGUUGCCACAUUCAAGCUACCUAAACACAACAUAAGACCUACUGCUUUCCUAUUCACCUUCCUCUCAUGCAGCGCCACGCGAGGCACGCCCCACCGAGCCCACAACAGACACAUGAUGCUGUCGAUCUGGGCUGUUUGGGAUCUGUGCUGCAGCAGUGAAGCAUCAGUUUCUGGUUUGCAAAGCCAUUGACAGGAAUUGAUAUCAAUGCCAUAACUUUCGACUUUAUUUUCAAGAAUUUGUUUGUAGAAAAAGUUUAACAAUUCAGUCAUUUUAGUCAAACACCCAUCACCAAGUAAACCCUUAACACCCUGUUGGAAGAAAUGAUUCCCACAGUU